AUGUCCCACAACAUCCUCAUCACCGGAGCCUCCGGCUACCUAGGAGGCACCCUCCUAGCACGGUGGAAGAAGGCCAACCUUCCACCAUACGGCAAAUUAUACGCACUGGUCAGAUCAAAGGACCAAGAAAACCAAGUUCGGAAAUUAUAUGGUGCGGAGCCCAUUGUCCUCAAUGUCGACGAUCAUGAAACUGUUACCCAGACUAUCAUCGACAGAGAAACCACCAUUGUCUACUACCUCAUCGACGCCUACACUGCAAAGCACCAGCCCGCAUUCAUUAAAGGCUUAGGAGAGGUCAGGAAAAGAACAGGAAAAGACGUGCACUUUCUGCACACGACUGGCUCAAAGCAAUUCAGCCGACAUGCGGGUGUCUCCGUCGAUCAGGCACUGUUAGAUACUGAUCCGAAGCUUUAUGAUAUCCAGAAGGGGGCGCAGUCCAAGCAUUACUUCGUGGCUGAAUCCGCCAACACCAACGCCACUAUCAUCGACACGGCCGAAGCACACGACGUGCGGAGCUACAUAUUCGCGCCGUGUCUUGUAUACGGCCAAGGGGCAGGGUUCAGCAACCAGACCUCGAUCCAAGAUGUUGAUAUUGUUCGCUGUGCUGUAAAGCUGCGUCGGGUGUAUAAGGUUGAUACGGAUGAUCCAAUCUGGCCCGUCUGCCACAUCUCGGAUACAACGGAGUUGUACCUGCACAUCCUUCGGAAGAUACUUCUGGGAGAAGGAAUCGGUGACGGCAAGCAUGGCUUCUUCCUUGCUGCUUCGGGUAGUGUUCCCUGGAACAAAGUCUACUGUGCCAUGGCCAAGGCGCUUGCGAAGCGUGGCUUGGUUGACGAUGAGGAUGUUGUGCAGGCUGAUGAUCAAGUGUUGGAAAAGAUGGGUGAGGCGCUUGGUGUCGCGCCAGAUGAGGUUCAAGUGCUUCUUGGAGGGAGGUGUAUGUUUACGGCCGAGCAUGGGAGGAGGAUUGGCUGGGAGCCAAUGUAUCCACCUCAACAUAUACUUGAUGUGGCGGACGAUGAAGUUGCGCUUAUCAUGAAGGGACUGGAGCGGGGCAAUAAGCGGCCGGAUAUCAGGUAG